UCGAUCUCAAUACUCAGUGGGGAACCUGUGUUCCCUCUCCCACGCUUGUGCACAGACUUGCUUUCUCUAUCAUAAAUAAAUAAGAUCUUUAAAAAAAAAAGAAAGAAAGAGACAGUAUACAAAACAGUAGGUGGAAUUCAGGGUUUGUUCUCCCAACCACAGGGUAUGGAUGGAGCUUGAAUAUACUACAAUUGGAAAAUGAAAUUAGCCUACGACUUAGCAAGAUGGCUGAAUCCCAUGAAGAGUUCCAUUUAGGUCUUGAGAUCAAGAACAAAGCUAAAAAAGAGAAUCAGAAAUGGGAUGAUUCAGGGCAAGCAGAAGUGACGAAGGCUCUAUGGAGAGACUCUAGUGAAAUUUUUUGGCACCCUGAGCCCAAGAGAGGCCAGAAGGGUGAGCCUGAGCCAAGAGAGCAACGUAGAUGUUCUCCAGGGGAGCGUGAGGGGAGACCUCCGUCCGAGGACAGGAGGACUCAGCAGACACUCCGUGCCAGGGAGGUGGCUUGUGCACAUGUCCUGAGUCAGGGAGACUGCUCUCAGGGCUCUCCCUGUCACCAUCAGCCAGUCCCUAAAUUGGAAAAAACGUCUAAGUGCUAGCAGUGUGGGAAAAGCUUUAGCCGAGGUUCUUACCUCAUUCGGCAUCAGACAAUCCACACAGGAGAGAAGCCUCACAAGUGCAGCGAAUGUGGGAAUGGCUUCAGUGAGCAUUCCAACCUCACUGCCCACAUAAGGAUGCACACGGGGGAGAGACUCUACCACUGUGGGCAAUGUGGGAAAAGCUUCAACCAGAGCUCCAGCCUCAUUGUCCACCAGAGGACCCACACCCGGGAGAAGCCUUAUCAGUGCACUGUCUUUGGGAAGAGAUUCAACAGCAGCUCCCAGUUCAGCGCUUACCGGCGAGUCCACACCCGGCAGAGGCCCCACCCCUGUGCGCACUGUGGGAAAAGCUUCAACAACAGCUCCCGCAUCUGUGCCCACCAGGAGACACACUGGGGGGAAGCGUACACGUGCUCUUGGUGUGAGAAAAGCUUCCCCGAAAACCCUGUCCUCAUCCACCAUCGGGGGGCACACAGAGAAGACACACUCACACCCCAAGAAGAGACACAUGCUUCAAGGGUGUAG